GAGGUUUAGCAGCUGUUUUUGUGAAGGAAGACAACAUGUGUUGCAGAACAAAAAGUUUUUUGUUGUUGUUCUUCUUUUUUUUUUGUUUUUUUCCUGUGGCAGUGAAUAAACCUAGACACAAAGCGUAGUGGAUGACUACUUGGAAAAUGACACAUUUAUUGCUGUGUUGCCUCUGUACUCCAGCACAAUGAAUCAGACACAAUGGCUAUGGAGGUUAAGUGCCAAGUUUCAGCUUGAACUCAAAUGUGGUGGCUGAACAGCGUAGGAAUUAUAAUCCUGUCAUUUUUCCUGGGCAGAGUCCAACACUCCUCACCCGUUGAACCCCAUCAAGCGCCCCUAAACCCGAAAGCCGUUUAACUUCUGAGUCGUCGUUUCAUUCUAAAUCCAGUGUGCAGGGGCACAGAGCCAAAGCAAUAAAAGAAUGUCUGUGCACCAGAGUGGGCACAACAGUGGCGUCAUUCACAGCGGGAUCUACUACACGCCGGGGUCGCUGAAGGCCCGCCUGUGUGUGCGAGGAGCCACUUUAGCCUACGAGUACUGCGAGAAGAAAGGACUCCCUUACAAGAGAUGCGGAAAGCUUAUUGUGGCUGUGGAGCAGGAGGAGAUACCCAGACUUAAGGCUCUGUAUGAGCGCGGGAUGAAGAACAACGUGCGUGACCUGAGUGUUGUUGAUGCCAAGGGAAUCCGGGAGCGAGAGCCGUACUGCAGAGGUAUAAUGGCCUUGGAUUCACCCUACACCGGCAUUGUAGACUGGAGGAUGGUGGCCCUCAGGUAUGGCACAGACUUUGAGGAGGCAGGCGGCACGGUGGUAACCGAGUAUGAGGUCAAUGACAUUUCCAUGGCCAAGGAGAGCCCGGCAGGGAGCACCGAAGGAAUGAAAUAUCCAAUCGCAAUCCAAGACAAAAAGGGUAACGAGGUGCGGUGUCGUUAUGUCCUGACCUGUGGAGGCCUGUACUCAGACCGCCUGUCGCAGAUCUCUGGAUGCAGCCGGGAGCCACGCAUCGUCCCCUUCAGAGGAGAUUAUUUGGUCCUGAAGCCAGAGAAACACUAUUUGGUCAAAGGAAAUAUCUACCCUGUCCCUGACCCCCGUUUCCCCUUCCUUGGAGUUCACUUCACCCCAAGGAUGGAUGGAAGUGUUUGGCUCGGUCCCAACGCAGUCCUCGCCUUCAAAAGGGAGGGAUACAAAGUGUUCGACUUCAAUGCAAGAGACUUUGCAGAUGCACUCUCAUUCAGGGGCCUUCAGAAGCUGGUGUUGAGGAACAUAACGUAUGGGAUUGGAGAAAUGUAUCGAGGCGUAUUCAUUGGUGCUCAGGUUAAAAUCCUGCAGAAGUACAUCCCUGAACUCUCGCUGAGUGACGUGCUCAGGGGCCCCGCAGGAGUUCGAGCUCAAGCCCUCGACCGGGACGGGAACCUCGUGGAUGACUUUGUUUUUGAUGGUGGGGUCGGGGAUGUGGGCAGUCGGGUGCUCCACGUGCGUAACGCUCCCUCGCCGGCGGCCACCUCCUCCCUCGCCAUCGCUGAGAUGGUCGCAGACGAGGUGGAGAGCCGCUUCUCGCUCUAGAGAAACACGGCGAUCGCAGACGGAAGACGGGAAAAAAAACUUCAGCUUCAUGACACCGAGUGAAACUGCAGUGUUGUAUCAAGAUGACGCUAAGUCAGCAUCACCGAGACAAUUUUAUUACAGGUCAAGCCUUAAUUUAGGGAGGAAAAAAUGACAUAUCUUUGACUUAAUUACAUUUUUAAGACUGUUUUUACGUAAGUAUUGCAAUUUCAGGUCGUGUAAUAUGUUUACUCCACCACAUUUCAACAUAAAAAUUCAUUUUUCUGCGCUACGUCUCCGUCCAAAAACAAAAUAUAUCAUCAGUAACUCCUAGGCAAAGUGUUAAGCAUAGAACGGAGGUUAUUAGCCCCAAUGAUUUUACCAUCAGUUUGAAAGAUUAAAAUAGGAAUGCAGAAAUGCACAGAUAUACUGUAAUGAAUGUGAACUCAACUCUUUUGGGGGAAAUUACCAUUUUAAAUUGGGGAUUUUUAAGAAUAUAAUUCUGGAAUGAAAUUUCUUCUUUUUCUUCAUUUGUGUUGUUUAUUUUCUAAGCCACCGACUCUGUGAGAAGGGUUUGUCUCUGUCAUUUAGUUAUUGUAAAGCCUACUUUCGGUCCAAAUUGCUGUAAAUCCUUUUUGGGAAGUUUGUAGGCAAAAAAAAAAAAAAAA